AUGGGUACGGAGGUGUCCAUGGAAAGCUCCACUACGCCUGCAACUCACGUUGCACGCGCUGACAGUCCCCACCUGUCGGACCCAGAGUGGGAAGCUCUCCAACGACUGUCAACAGUCAUUGGUGAUGCGGCUGUAGCUACGAUGCUGCGUACGCUAACGCCGACAGAGCAAGAUGGUGUUGCUCUGGGAUUCAUCAUGAGGGAGCAGCGAGAUGCUGCUUCGUCUACCACGGUGUCGUCCGGGACGACAAUCGCUCAAGCUCAGUUUGGAACUAACAUCCCGGAGAAGCACCCAGCCCUAGCCUCGCAAGUUUGUACCAAAGUGACCAACGUGCUCGCCCAGGUCGACCACAUGGACUCGGACGUUGUCGAGUGCGUGACCGAGGAGUCGUCGGUAGUGAUCGACGCCAACUGGCGCAAGAUGGCGAACGGCGAGUGGAACUCGACGACGUGCUCGACGCCGAAGGAAUGCGCCAAGAUCUGCGGACUCGAAGGCGCGGACUACGCCGGCAAGCACAGCAUCACCACUUCCGGUCAAACUCUCAACAUGAAGCUGGAAACUCCCGGCGGUGUGGGCACCCACGUCUACAUGCUGGAACCAUCGGGGAAGAAGUACAAGCAGUUCCAGCUGCUGAACCAGGAGUUCACCUUUGACGUCGAUAUGUCCUCGCUGCCCUGUGGCUCCAACGACGCUCUGUACUUCUCCAAGAUGGACGCAGACGGAGGAACCUCCCGCUUCCCGAUCAACACUGCGGGCGCUGCUUACGGCACGGGUUACUGUGAUGCUCAGUGCAUGAAGGACGUCAAGUUUAUCAAUGGUGAGGCCAAUAUGGAAAAGGCGUACGGAGCCUGCUGCACUGAAAUGGACAUUUGGGAGGCCAACAGCAUGGCCACGUCGUACACGACCCACCCGUGCUCGAUCGACGGCCAGCAGCGAUGCUCAGCGGACGAGGACUGCGGCGCUACUGAGGCAAAUCGAUACUCGGGAUGGUGCGAUAAGCCUGGUUGUGGCCUCAAUCCGUUCCGGAUGGGCAACAAGAAGCUCUACGGUCGCGGAAAGGAGUUCGAUAUCGACACCACUCGCGCAUUCACGGUGGUGACGCAGUUCAUCACGGAGGACAAUACGGAGACUGGAGAGUUGGUGGAGAUUCGUCGUCUCUACAAGCAAGGCGCCCGUGUGGUAGCCAACCCGGGCAGUACCUGGCCGGCACUGAACGGGACCGAUUCGAUCACCGAGACGAUGUGCAAGUCGUCGAAGGCGUUCUUCGGAGACCACCCGUACGCUGUGGGCGGCCUUGCUCAAAUGGGCAAGCAAAUGAUUGGCGGCAUGACGCUGGCGAUGAGCAUCUGGGUCGACUACGGCUCCAAUAUGGCGUGGCUCGACAGCUACAAGACCGGACAGGACCCGUCCGUUCCCGGUGCGUUGCGCGGUGACUGUCCGAACCCUGGUGGUGACCCCGAGAGCGUCUUCGCAGAGAGCCCCGACGCGACUGUGAAGUUCAUGAACAUCCGCUCGGGCGAUUUUCGGUCGGCAUACUAG